AGGCUGCAACACGUGCAUUUUCCAUGGCUCUGACAUUUUGUCUUCCAACUACCAAGCAAUGACAGGGCCUGGGUACUUGAUCGAUACAACCCAGAAUACAGUGGCGGCGACUGAAACUCAGUCUGUGGCUUAUAGCACCGGCUGCUAUUUGAUUCGGGAAGUGUCCUGCGAAUUCUGCGAAAACAAGCUAGGCGUCACCUACGUUGUGGCGCCUGAUGAGAAGCAGGAGUACAAGGUUGGCAAGUUCUUGCUGGGUGCAGACAGGUUGAUCUUGCCACCGGGGGUUACUCAUCCCAAGGCCAAGUAAGCCAAGGCAGGACAGAUGUGAAUCGCCGCGCUGUCUCCACAAGACUUGUCCAGCUGCGCGCUUGCUGCGAUUGCAGUUUUCUCGAGCAGAGCCUAUCCUAAUUCGAUGGUUGGCACUGAUGCAACUGUGAUGCAGAAGUUGAUCACAAUCCAAUUGUAAAUAUGCAAGGUGUAUCAAGGUGUUUGAAUGACCACACAGGCCACAGUACUGCCUGCCUGCUGCCUGUGUUUUUUGCGUUUGAUGAUUAUCCACUCGGUUUGGUUCUGAC